AAUAAAAUAGAAAAACCCCAUCAAUUUUCGUGAUCCAUAGGAUAAUGCUGCCUUUGAGGCAGGCUCCGGCCGGAGUCGAACCGGCGACCAAGUUUUCCCUUACCACUCUUCCCUCUCUCAAGUUCUCUAACCCUAAUCCUUUUCGACGCUCUAAAUUUAUUCCCAGAAGGAAUGCUGCGAAGCCGCUUAUCAUAGCCCUCUCAAAAGCGGAAGGAGCCGUCGAUUCGACGAAACAGGCUCUUUCCAACUCUCCAAGUCUGCCUUCUUCUCCCUCCGACCAGACGGUUUUCGUCGGCGAUGAGAGUGUUCCGUUGGAAGGCGUCAUUCAGUUUGAUAAGCCCGAUAGGUCUUCUCGAUGGAGAAAAUGGAGUCAUGCGGCUCUGCUUGCUGGUGGAGAUGUAUUGGCUUUGCUUUUGUUCUCCUCAAUAGGAAGAUUUAGCCAUGGUUUCCCUGUUUUUGAUUUCGAGACUUUGCGCACAGCGGAUCCUUUUAUUGCUGGUUGGUUUCUGAGUGCUUACUUUCUCGGAGGUUAUGGAGAGGAUGGGCGUGGUUUAAAUGGUUAUUCCAAGGCUGUUUUUGCAGCUUCUAAAUCAUGGGCUUUGGGAAUUCCUCUUGGUCUAAUAAUAAGAGCUGCAACGUCUGGCCAUAUUCCACCAAAUAAUUUCAUAGGGGUAACGAUGGGAAGCACGGCUGUCUUGCUCGUUGGAUGGAGAGCGAUACGAUAUAAAGUUUUUCCAGUCGAUAACGGGAAGAAGAACGAUGUAUAUCGUCGUGGCAACCCAUUUGAGCUAUUUGAGUUGUUGACAUCAUUGGUGAGAAGAUGGUGACGAUGGACAAACACCCUCCAUUUGCUGUGUUAUCUUAAAUGGGCUUGGGUCUCGUCUCUAGACCUUACGUCUCAUGUUGUGUCGUUAGGCGUUUUUGACGGGCUUUAUGUGUGAGGUCGAUCUCCAAGUUUUGGCCUGCUCCAUUUGGUCAAACAGGCCCAACAUAAUCCAUUGCGCUGGUCCAAGACAUGUUGCUUGAGACCGCGUGUUGGAUGUCUUAGUCAUGCUUGUCUAGGACGUGUUGUCUAUGGCCACAUGCUCGGUUCAAACCCCUUGCUUUCAUGUAUAGUUAGGUAUUUACUGUUCAUGCCGUGUCAAUACGGGAGUGUGCAAUCAUUCACCAAAAUUAUAUUUACAUUUACAGUAGGA